AUGGAGGGCGUGGAGCUGCGCGACUUCGCCCUCGAACACCCCAGCCGCCCCAUUGCAGCACAUAACGACACCCCCGACAAGCUCCUCCAGCAACGCAGACAGCAAGGCAGCCUCCUGCGCCGAUUCUGGCGCACGUACAUCCGCGUCACAAUCAACGAAGCAGCGUCGCGCGACCACCUGGCCCUCGAGCGCACGUUCCUCGCCUACGUGCGCACCGCGUCGGCCUACGCGCAGUUUGGCGUGACCAUUGCGCAGCUGUUUCGGCUGAACACGACGUCUGCUGCCUCGGAUGUGGUGACGCCUACUUCGCUCUGCAUUGGGAAGGCGCUGGGGGCUGCGACGGAGUGCAUUGCUAUUGGCGUUAUGUUGCUGGGCGCGGCAUACUUUGUUAAGCAGCAGAGUGGCUUGCUGCAGGGGACGAGUAUGAGUCGGGGGUAUGAAGUGGUGACGAUGUUUGUGCUGAGUUUUGUGGUGAGUUGA